CGUGUUAGGUUCGGGCAAGGGCUCCGCCUCCGUUCUCGGCUUCCGCUACCUCACUUCCGGCCAAGGGCGGCCCGGGCGGCCGCGCUCCGAGGGACGGAGCCGGGGCCGGGAGAGUGGCGGUGCUGACAGUCGACGAAGGCACGUGAAGCUGAAGCGCAGAAUGGCCGGGAAGAGGCCAUCCGGUGUGGGCAGGCAGCGCCGGCUGCUGGUGCUGCUGGUUGCUGUAGCCGCUGUCCACCUCGUCACCUGCCCCUAUGCCAAAGUGGAGGAGAGCUUCAGCCUGCAGGCCGUGCAUGACCUGCUUUACCACCAGCUGGACGUGGAGAAGUAUGACCAUCUCGAGUUCCCCGGAGUGGUGCCCAGGACGUUCCUCGGGCCGGUGGUGAUUGCGGUUCUCUCCAGCCCUGCCGUGUGUGUGCUCUCGCUGUUAGAAGUGUCCAAGUUUUACUCUCAGCUAGUAGUCAGAGCCGUCCUCGGACUCGGUGUGAUUUUUGCACUCUGGACUUUACAAAAAGAAGUGAGACGGCAGUUUGGGGCCACGGUAGCCGCCAUGUUCUGCUGGGUGACGGCCACGCAGUUCCACCUGAUGUUCUACUGCACGCGGACACUCCCCAACGUGCUGGCCCUGCCUGUGGUCCUGCUGGCCCUCACGGCCUGGCUGCAGCAGAAGGGGGCCCGCUUCGUCCGGCUCUCGGCCUUUGCCAUCCUCGUCUUCAGAGCUGAGCUGAGCCUGUUCCUGGGCCUCGUGCUGCUGCUGCUGCUGAGCACGGGGCGGCUCUCCGUGGGGAAGGCGCUGCGCUGCGCCGUGCCGGCCGGGGGUCUCUGCCUGGGACUGACGGUUGCUGUGGACUCCUAUUUUUGGCGGUAUCUUGUGUGGCCGGAAGGAAAAGUGCUUUGGUACAACACCGUCCUGAACAAAAGUUCCAACUGGGGCACCUCCCCACUGCUGUGGUACUUCUACUCGGCCCUGCCGCGUGGCCUGGGCUGCAGCCUGCUCUUCGUGCCCCUGGGCCUCCUGGACAGGAGGGCCGUGGCGCUGCUGCUGCCGGCGCUGGGCUUCGUGGCCCUGUACUCGCUCCUCCCGCACAAGGAGCUGCGCUUCGUCAUCUAUGUCUUCCCCGUGCUCAACAUCGCGGCCGCCCGGGGCUGCGCCUGCCUACUGAAUAAUUAUAAGAAGUCUUGGCUGUAUAAAGUGGGGUCCCUCCUUGUGAUUGGGCACCUUAUGGUGAAUGCCACGUACUCGGCCACGGCCCUGUACGUGUCCCACUUCAACUAUCCCGGUGGUGUGGCGAUGCAGAGGCUGCACGAGCUGGUGCCCCCCCAAACAGGUGUCGUUCUGCACAUCGACGUGGCUGCUGCACAGACAGGCGUGUCUCGGUUUUUGGAAGUCAACAGCGCCUGGAGGUACGAGAAGAGGGAAGAUGUGCAGCCUGGGUCGGGGCACAUGCUGGCCUACACGCACCUCCUCAUGGAGGCAGCCCCCGGGCACCUGGCCCUCUACAGGGACACGCACCGGGUCCUGGCCAGCGUCUCGGGCACCACCGGUGUGAGUCUGAAUGUGACCAAACUGCCUCCCUUCGACGUCAAACUGCAGACAAAGCUGGUGCUUCUGGAGAGACUCCUCCCAGGGAGGGGACCAAAGCCCCUCUGAGAAUGUUGGCGCUCCGCAGCGCCGUGACAGGUGACACGGUUCAGAGAGACAACCGAAGAGCCACGGACAUGCCCUGGGGAGCAGGUGGGCCCCUCCGCAGACACCUGGGCGGCGGGCCCCACGUCCAUGCUGCACUCCGCUGGUGAGAGCAAGGGGCCAGUGCCACUGCCAAGGGGGACGGUGGGCAACAAGAUCCUUUUUGUGUGGACCAUGCGCUGCUCGCGGCGGCAAGGACAGCAGGCCUUGUUCUGUGGAGCUGCUCUGGUGGCAUGCCACCUUUGCUGCCCGUGGCCUCUGGGGGCACCUAAAGUGGCACCCGCUGGGGAAGUCCCAUCUUUGUGAGCCUCAGCUGCUGCUGGGUGCAUCCCCACACUCGUCCCAAGCUGCAGGAUGUGCCCUCUUUCGUAGUCACAGGCACACCAUUUCCAUGGCAGAUGACAUUUUGGAAGAUAAACGUGUUCAAAAAGGAAUGAGAAUAAAAAUGUUUUAAUGUUUUA